CCCAGUCAAUCUAUAUAGUAGUCUGUAGCUACUCUUCUAUUGGACGAGGAACCAAUCUGUCUAACUACCCCUGAAUGGUUUACUAGCAAACUUCAAGAUGUCAUUUACUAUAAAGAGUCUUUCUAUAUCGUACGACGAAAUUAACGAGAGCAAUACUUUCACUCGAGGUGAUUGCAUCUCUGGACAUGUUACUUUGGAGGUCGCGAAGGAAACGGAGAUCAACUCCUUCGAGAUUAAAGCGAAGGGGAAAGCAAGCGUUAGUUGGUCGGAGAGUGCCUUACCAAUGCGUGAUUAUUACUACGACUUCGAGGCAUACUUUAAGUUAACCCAAGACCUUAUGCAAGAGACAAAAGCUCUAGAUUCAAAUACAAUCAAACCAGGACGACAUAUUUUCCCCUUCUCCUUUCAGCUCCCAGAUGAACACUACCCUCCAUCUUUCAAAGGGGUCCACUGCAAGAUUGUCUACUACUUGGAGGCAAAAUUGACUAGAUCCAUGCGGAUACCAAGCAAGGCCAGAGCAGAGUUCACCGUUGUCUCAAAACUGGAUCCCAACCACAGAUCUGUGCCACACGUUCAACAGGAAUUCAAAGAAGAAAAACUGAAACUCUUCAAUAGUGGGAGUGUGUCUAUGCAUAUAAGUAUUGACAACACAGAGUAUUCCUUGGGAGACGGCAUAACAGUCACAGGACACUUUCAGAACAACUCGUCUCGUCCAGUCAAGCCCACAUACUGUCUGUACCAGAAACAGAUCUGCUUCGCAAGCAAGGAGAGGAAGGUCAAUACUCGAGACAUUCUGACAGAAGAAGGGGAUCCUGUCGAGUCGUCCUCAUCCGCAAAUGUCACUAGAGUGCUGAGCAUUCCAACAAACGUCCCCACCACUGUUCUCAACAGUAAUAUCCUGGCAAUCGAGUACAGGCUUAGGGUGUAUCUUGAUGUCAAGUAUGGCUUUGGCCCCGUAAUAAAGUUUGAUGUGGAGCUCCUUGCGCCAAGACAGGGGCCUGGGCAGCGGGCCCUACCGCAGGACGAGGACGACAGUGCCAUGGGGGCAUCCGGGGGUCAGAGCCAAGAGGAGUCCUACACAUUCUCUUACUCCGACCCCCCUCCUGCUUACGAGGAGUAUGACAUAUACCCCAGCUCUACUGAUGCCCUACUGAAGAAAUGAAUGGGUGAAAAAAAUAAUGAUGGGACUCUGAUGAAAGGAAAAACACUGGUGCAAAUGUAAUGUACGUUUAUAUUUAUACAAUCUGUAGUUCAUAUCAUAUUUAAUCUGUAGUUUGUUACAGAAUAUUAGGGGUGCAGUAUGUUCACAGUUCUGGGAAUACCCAAAGACACAUUGUUUUUUUCCAGUGUGGUGUGUCACGUGUGCCAUGUACAAAAUGCUUGUGUCAAGGACAUGUUUUCAAUGAAUACAUUUUGCCAGCAAGAUGACUCAAAAACAGGCAUCAUUGUCUGUACUGUAAUUUAGGUUUUAAAAAAAAUAAAUCUAUAUGGUCUUGGUAAUAUGCCAUCGAAGAACACUUAGAAGCAACAAUUAAAGGGAAUUUUGGAAUUUCAAUAUGAAAGUAGUGUACAAUGGAAUUAAAUAAAUGAUGUUCUUUACAAUCUGAAAGUAGUACCGUCACAACACACUGGUCCCUGGGUUCUGCUGUCAUGACAUGUGGACUGGUAUGUCCCCUGGUAUCUCUGGACACUGCACUGUUGGACAUGGCAAAUCAUCUUUCCUCAGCACACAUUGAUGUGCCAUCUUGGAUGAGUACCACUAGCUGAGCCACUUCAGUGGGCGAUAGACACCACCUCAUGGUGCCUACAUAGCAGGGCUUAACAAUGGGCACGAUCGUGAUGAAGCAGUGC